UUCAAGGAGAAUUAUAAUAGGGUUAUCAAUUUAUACUCAAGUUAGUUUGGAAUACUAGUAAAGUGAUUGUGUUGAAUAUCACUACUUGAUAGAUCUGUACUCAUUUUUACUUUAUAGUGGAUUUGAUUUAGUGUGGACUACUUUAAAGUCUCGCAGUGAUGUUUCUUCAAGGGAGGUUUACAUUGUUGUUAACAAAUCUUGUAUUCUUGUGUCUGUUGUUUUAAUUUGAUAAAAAAAAAAUUAAAUCUACAUAUUCAAUUUCUGCAUAUUUUGUUCCUGAUAUCUUCAUAUUAGUCUACUUGAUCUAUGGUAAAAGCACCGUAGAUAGACGACCCUUUUUGAAAAUGUUUUGAAAAUGAAAAUUUCAGUCUUAGUUUGGCGUGAAUUUGAAAAUUUUCAAAUUCUCAAUAAAAUUUGCCGCUAGAUUUUGGAGCCAAAUUAUGGAACCCUCGUAGUGGGUCGUUCCCCACUCUUUUAAAACUCGGUUUAUGUUUCGCGGUUUCCACCUGUCGAAGACACAAGACACAUCGCACCGACUCAGAUCUGAAAAAAAAAGUAUGUUACUUCAGAGCUGUGUACCGAGUUCAGUUGAAGUAGGCAACCAAGAUGUUUGCGUUUCCGUACUUAGAAGCUAUAAGCUCCAAAAGAUUUCCCUCCAUAAAAGUUGUGGUGUUGAUGAUGAUUCUAUUCAGUCGUGUAAGCUGUGUGGUCAAUCUGAAAGUGUAUUGAAUCUGUUACUCUGCGAUCGUUGUGAGGAAGCAUUCCAUGUUUCUUGCUGCAAACCCAGAGUGGUUUUGCCAAUUGACGAGUGGUUUUGUCAUUCUUGUGCUAAAAUGUCAGAGCUUAGUUCGUUCACGAUAUCAUUAUCACGUAGUAUUGGUCAGGGGAUCGGUCCGUGUCAAUAUGAGUUAGGUUCAGUAUUGAGUCCUAUAGCGGCUAUGAUGAAGUACCCGGAGCCAUUUAAAUCUAAGGUUCGAAUCGGUGAAGCAUAUCAAGCCCAAGUUCCUGACUGGGCUCCGCUGAAUGAAGCCAAAAUGGAUAACGGGGAUUGUUCUGAUGCCGAUACUCAGAUGAAAUCACAUACUGCUUCUAGAAAGAGAAAGCAAGAUUUUUCAUCAUAAACUGGUGGAGAAGUCUACACAAACGUCAGAUUUCACAUAUUCAUGUAUCCGAAAACAAUAAAAGGAUGGACAUGUUUUUGUUGUAAACUACUGAUGUCUCCAAAGUGGGCAAGUAAAUAUUGGGAUUGCAACUGCAAACUUCUCCAUCUACUUGUACUUCUGAAUCCUACUCGCUUGUCCAGUUUAAGCCAUAGCAUAAAUUAGCAUGAUACCCCUAAUGCAGUUGCCUACUUUCCCCAUCUCUUUGCCACUUAGCCUUCAAAUUACUUAUCCAGUUUUGAGCAUUUAGCAUGAUACCUCUAGUGCAGUUGCCUAGUUUGCCCCAUCCUUUUGUUUUGGCUACUUAGCCCUGAAGUCUUACAAUGGGGACAACAGUGGUUUUUAGUAAUUCUAAUUACGGAGGAGCCUCACUCUAUCACCAUCAUCGGCUUAUUUUCUUGCUCACAUUCCAAUCCUUUUCUCAUUAUUCGGUGGUUGUAGUGAUCAUCAUGCUCUUCGCAAUUGCAAACCCGGUGACUGGUUAGACCCCACUAUCAACCAAAACUGGUAGUGUCUGCAACAGCAAGCUCACUAUAAAGAUCCUAUACUUGACAACUGUGGGUCAACAAGUCCUCUUUUUGUAAAUCAACCACCUCACCCAAGUGUGAGUACACGAGGAUUCUUAUACCCAUCUACCAGUCAACUUCAGUGUUGUGUUUUUGAUACUGGAAUUAU